AUGCUAAAGAGCCCCGGAAAAUUUGCUAAAAAAUAUUCAAAUAAUAUAGACCGGAUACGAAGUAACACAACAAUGAGACGACGAAAACUUUUCGCUGCGGGAGUGGUACGAUCCAAACCGAAAACAAAAUCUAGUGCGCCGGACAAAGACUAUGGCUUAGCAGAGCCUUUGGAUGACCUCUUUAGUCUCAGCCCAGAAGCUUUUGCUGAAAAAAAACCGCGUUUUUAA